AUACACUCAAUCCCCUUCGUCACUUUCUUCAAAAAAGCCAAAAAGAAUCACGUUUCGCUCGCACCACCACCAUUCAUAAUUAUAACCUGCUAAUUAACACUUUCUCUUUCGCACAUUGCCUAAUCACUGUGUUUUCUUCUCUUUCUCUGCACUGUUAUGCAAAUGCAGUGCCUAAAAAGAUGAACAACAAGCAGCUCUUUCCAUGUGAAGUUAAUCCUUUAGAUUCUCUUCCCAUUUAACCAUCUUCUUACAUAUAUUCGACUCGAAAGCCCUCUGUCAACAUAACCGACCCUCUCCAGACUAAAAUGGUUCACCAGAGUGCCAACAAAUCUCUUUUAAUUUUCUAUUUUGUCUCUUUAUGUUGUUCUUUGGUUCUUUCACUUUCAGGUGACUCGCAAAUCUUGAUCCGAGUAAAGAAUGCUCAACUCGGUGACCCCAAUGGGAAACUCAACGACUGGGUUGAAACCGCUGACCCCAAUUCUGCUUGUAACUGGACUGGCAUUACUUGUGAUUCUCAAAAUCAUUCUGUUAUUUCAGUUGAUCUAUCCGGAUUUAAUAUCGCGGGAAGAUUUCCUACUGGCUUCUGUCGGAUUCGGACCCUCCAGAAUCUUUCGUUGGCUGAUAACUUCUUUAAUGGUACACUUACUUCUCGUGCUCUGUCUCCAUGUUCACAUCUUCAUCUCUUGAAUCUCAAUAGUAAUUUAUUCGUCGGUGAGUUGCCUGAUUUCUCGCCGGAUUUUGUGAAUUUAAAAGUCCUUGAUCUCUCCAGCAACAAUUUUUCCGGUGAUAUUCCGGUUAGUUUUGGCAGGUUUAAGUCUCUACAAGUUCUUUCCAUGAUGCAGAACUUCCUUAGCGGUUCAAUACCAUGGUUUUUAACUAACCUUACUGAGUUAACUCGCUUGGAACUCGCUUUUAAUCCGUUCCAGCCGAGCAUUUUGCCUAAAAACAUUGGUUACUUGUCAAAACUGGAGAAUUUGUAUCUUUCUGAAACAAAUCUCAUCGGAGAAAUUCCUGACUCGAUUGGGAACCUCAGCUCGUUGUGGAAUCUUGACUUGUCCAACAAUUUCAUCACCGGAAAGAUUCCUGACAGCAUUUGUGGAUUGAAAAGCAUAAGACAAAUCGAGCUCUACAACAAUCGACUUUCGGGUGAGUUACCUGUAAGUUUGUCAAAUUUGACUACUCUGCUUCGACUCGAUGUCUCACAGAACAACCUCUCCGGAAAUUUACCGGAGAAAGUCGCAGCAAUACAAGUCCAAUCGUUGAAUCUAAACGACAAUAACUUCAGCGGAGAAAUCCCAGAGGUUUUAGCUUUAAAUCCAAAUUUGUCUGAAUUAAAACUCUUCAACAACAGCUUUAUUGGCAAAUUACCGGUGAAUCUGGGCCGGUACUCUGAUUUGGAAGCUUUUGAUGUUUCGACGAAUUAUUUUACUGGUGAAUUGCCGGAAUACCUUUGUCAACGGAAGAAGCUUCAAAAUAUUAUUGCUUUUGGUAAUCGUUUCUCUGGUAGUUUGCCAGAGUCAUUGAAUGAGUGUAGCAAUCUAAGUUACGUGAGGAUUGCUAAUAAUGAACUCUCUGGUUCAGUGUCGAGCAAGUUUUGGAGUCUUUCUAAUCUUAAUCGCCUUGAAUUAUACAAUAACAAAUUUGAAGGUUCAAUUUCUCCUACGAUCUCUAAUCUCCAUGGACUAACUCAUCUUUUAAUCGCUGGCAACAAAUUCUCCGGUGAAUUACCGGUGGAAAUUUGCAAAUUGAACGAGGUUAUCGAGAUCAAUUUGGCCCGAAAUCAAUUUGAAGGGGAAUUGCCUUCGUGUAUAACUGAACUGAAGAAAUUGCAGAAGCUUGAAAUGGAAGAGAACAUGUUUUCUGGAGAAAUUCCAAGUUCAGUAGGUUCAUGGACUGAUUUAACUCAGUUGAAUUUAUCAAGAAAUCGCCUUACCGGCGAGAUUCCACCAGAACUCGGUAAACUACCGGUUUUAAACUAUCUCGAUCUUUCCGAUAACUCGUUGACUGGUGAAAUUCCGGUGGAGCUGACAAAGUUGAAGCUUAAUCAGUUCAAUAUCUCUGAUAACAGAUUAUACGGGAAAGUACCUUCUGGUUUCAUCAACACGGUUUAUUUAUCGAGUUUAUUGGGUAACCCGAAACUUUGCAGUCCGAAUUUUAAACCCGUCCCUCCAUGUUCGAAAACCAAACCCGCCUCUUUGUACAUUGUGGCCAUUUUAGUCAUUUGCCUCCUUAUUCCUGUCGGGUCUCUGUUAUGGUUCUUCAAAGCCAAGUGCGUAUUUGUGGGAAAACCAAAAUGCCCAUACAUGGUAACCGCAUUUCAACGGGUCGGGUUUAGCGGUGAGGAUAUAUUUCCAUACUUGACAAAAGAGAAUCUAAUCGGGUCAGGCGGGUCGGGACAAGUUUAUAAAGUUCAACUCAAGACAGGACAGACAGUGGCAGUGAAAAGACUUUGGGGAGGUAUCCAGAAACCCGAAACUGAGUCCGUUUUCAGAUCAGAAGUUGAUACACUGGGUCGGGUGAGACAUAGCAAUAUCGUGAAACUGUUGAUGUGUUGUAGUGGAGAGGAGUUCAGAAUUCUGGUUUAUGAGUAUAUGGAGAAUGGGAGCUUAGGCGACGUGUUGCAUGGAGAAAAAGAUGGAGGUUUAAUGGAUUGGCCUGAGAGGUUUGCGGUGGCUGUGGGGGCGGCACAGGGCUUGGCUUAUUUGCACCAUGAUUGCGUACCAGCAAUUGUGCACAGGGAUGUGAAAAGCAAUAACAUAUUGUUGGACGAGGAGAUGAGAUCGAAGGUGGCUGAUUUUGGGUUGGCUAAGACGUUGCAGAGAGAGAAGGGUGAGGGCGACGCAGUUAUGUCUCGUGUAGCUGGAUCAUAUGGGUACAUUGCUCCAGAAUAUGGUUACACGCUGAAAGUGACAGAGAAGAGUGAUGUAUAUAGCUUUGGAGUAUUGUUAAUGGAGUUGAUCACAGGGAAAAGGCCAAACGACUCUUGCUUUGGUGAGAACAAGGAUAUAGUAAAGUGGGUUGCUGAGGCAAUUUUAUCACCUCCACCAGAACCAGAAGAAGCAAGUGAUCAGAAAACCAGAAACUACUACGGAGGUCUAAAGAAGAUUAUAGAUUCAAGAAUGAAGCAAUCUACAUGUAAUUUUGAAGAAAUUGGAAAGGUUUUGCAUGUAGCUCUUCUUUGCACUUCAGCUUUUCCAAUUAACAGGCCUUCCAUGAGAAGAGUAGUUGAAUUGCUCAAGGACCAGAAAUUUCCCCAUCCUAAGUGAUGGAUGCUUCAAAAAUUAUAUAAGCUUUUCUUCCCUUUUCUUUGUUUUUUUGGUGAAAUUAAUGCUUGGCUAGUCAUAGACAUCAUUUUUGUUCAGAACUAACUUGCAAGGUAGCCUAGCUGUUGAAGGGGGAAGAGAAAUAGAUGUGAUGAUAUGGUUUUAUCAAUGAAGGAUAUUCAAAUUAUUGUUGCAAUUAUUAGGAUUUAUCUUGAACAAUUUCGGAUCUGUUAUCCAUGGAUAAAUGUACUUAUAUGCUUGCAAUUAUUUGUCCAGAGCAGCUAGAAUUGCUGUGUAAA